AUGAAGGCUGUUCACAAUCGUCUGCUUCGCGACUUUAACUGGACUUCCGUAGGUGAGGCAAAGUCGCUCCUUCCACGGCAAUCCACGAUCAGCGAGCCAUUCGCCGAAUUCCUCUUUCGGCUUCGAUGCAAGCUCCGGCCACGUGAGACGUCCCUCCCACGCCCUGCACUACAUUUACAUGUUCGAAGAAGUUCCACGUCGUCAGAAACGGAUAUGUGGGCUCUAUCUCCUGAUACCCGAAAAGUGUGGGAUGCAAAUGGUUUGCCAUUCGAUGAGCCCUUGCCGUUAUGGGAAGGGGAAGCAGUCGAUGUGUCUCCUUCUUCACGACGUCGCACAAUAUUGAAGGCAGACACGGAAGGAGCACUUAAAGAUGCUGAACGAGCUUGUUCUAUGCUGUCUAGAAGAGGCAACCUGGAACAGUUGAAUUUGAAGGAUAAUAAGCCUGUACCUGCAGAUGAUGAUCGACCUUAUCGUAUGUGGUAUCCGACGGUAGUCCCAAGGAGAAUCUUGGGCAAACAGAUCGUUGUCUGCGAACCAAAUCGGCAAGCUGUAGUAGAUAUAAAAUGGUCAAAGAUCUUACCCCACAAAGGCAUCAUCGAGGAAGUAAAGAUGAGAGAGCAUCGACUACGCACUGAUCUCUCAACUAGCCCAGCCAUAAGGCGACGCAUAAUGGAGUACGUGCGUGGAAAUUACAGACGGUGCCGAAAUUAUUCUUACAUGGUAGAUGAUCUCGAUGUUUUCGCCCGCGCAGACAUCCCUGACGGUGAUAGCGAUGUUCUUCGACAAUGUGCUGUGAGUGUAUACUACCCAGAUGUCAACUACGAGUUAGAGUCUUCGAGACUACUCGAAGUACUGUUGAGAAAAUUGGGACUACAGCGUCAUGUGAGACGAAAAAAGCUUGAGGUUGCGUUGCCGGGAUCAUCUAAAGCUAUUGUAAUAGAAGACGGUGGUACUUGUGAGUUUUUGAAUAGUAACGUCUCGUUGUCGCUCGUUUUGGAUAUACCGCCUCAUGAGGAUCUCGAUCAAUACUGUGCAUUUUUCUGCCAAAAUCACCUAUCGGCUCGUCCUUUCAAUGCAUCCGAACGCCAUGUCCUGUUGAAAUCUUUCAAUUCUGGCAAAACGAAUGUAUUUGAGAAUCCAUUCCACGUCCAAUUUCUAUCAAUCACUGACUCCAUUAAAGCUCUGGAUAAACACGGUCAUAAAAUAGCCAAGAUUCUUCCCCGCAGUUUCAUUGCUGGUAGUGAGGAUUGGACAACCAUGAAAAAUGCUACCAUGACUUUCAGAGUGAAAUGGUUUAACAGACCAGCAAGUGGAGAAGGAGUUUUGAAAUUUAAAAAUGCAAACGAUUCUCAAUUCGCUGCUGAAAUUCUCUUCUAUCACGGGUACUCUGAUUCAGAAAGGCACAGUCACAUUAGUGAUGACGUGGCUCUUCGAAUGAUGCCGGAAGUCCUUUGUUUUCCUCGCCAGAGUAGAGAAGAUUUCAGGAUUGUAAAAGGCAUUCCGAAUGCGUAUCAGCACGACUCCAUUUUCGAAGAGCAUAUGCGAGAGGUUCUGGGGGUUAACUGUGUUGUCCUUCUCCGAGCUUAUUUGCUAAGGGUUCCAAGAUCGAAAAUCGACAUAAGCGAAGCAGUUCGAGUACAAGUAGGGCGAGCUCUCGUCAAGUACCUCACACGCCGUUACGAAUGGAAUGGACGUAAUCCACUUUUUCGGCAGCAGUGGAGAGAGCUGCUUCAUUCAAAUGAUCUACCAUGGCAUUGGAACAUUCUCGACAUGAAGAAUAAUCAAGAAAAUGGCAACCCAUGUGAAGCAGAGUUGAUAUUCAAAAAUGUAGACCAAGGACUUAGAUUAGUGGACUUCCUUACUUCGGACAUCGAUGACUUCACGAUAUACGAUGACAGAGGCCAUUCAUCUCAAAAGAUUACGAUCAAGCCAGUUUAUUGCAUCCCAGUCCUUGUCACCAAAGAAGUUCGUGUUGCUUGCGACUCAUUCAUUAGAAAAAUCAAUGAGGAAGAAGCGAGUGUAGCAAGGAUGUCGAGCGAUGUGCUGAGUUUUCUUGAAAUUCUUGACAUGACAUGGUCACACGAUCAUGAUCAUACCGAAGAUGUUGAUACAACUAUAGGGGAACUGAGCGUCCAAGGAUGGCCACAAAGGCAUGUGGAGGAGGUGGCAAUACAUUUGCUUUCGAUGUUUCAAGGUACAUAUAUUGACUGCUCCGAUGAUAUCAAGGGAAGACUUCUAUACGGCUAUGGCGCCAAGUAUGUGGAAUUUGCUCGUAAAAAAUUGCGCGGUCGUGCUGUUAUCGAUGUGGAUCUUCUGCGCGAACGGAUCACUCUCGUUGGUGAAGCAGCAGAUCUGGCAAGGAAGAAGCUCACAUUCUUUGCCGAAAACAGCUGCGCAUUCGAGUUAACUGACACCAUACUAAUAGGCCCUCCUCGUUACUUGUAUCUUAUGUGCGAUAUCCUUCGUUAUAGUGUAACGUUGCGGAGAUUGAGCGAGAUUUGCGGAGGUCCAAAGCUGGAGUUCGUUAAGGACAUUGAAAUCAGGUUCCAGGGCACUUUGCAGCAGUAUGAUCUACUCAUGGAUUAUCUAGAGGAAGUGGACAAUAAGCUGGUACAGUCAAGCUCAGUUACGAGCUCAUCUUCGAAGCCAACCUGUCCCGUAUGCUUGUCGUCUGUUAGUAAUGCAUUUUAUUGUCUUGAGUGUGGCCACUACUACUGUUUGAAAUGCAUCAUUUACCAGGUGAAAACCAUGAUAAGAAACAGAGACCUUCCUAUGCGGUGCAUCUAUAUGGAUUGUGAGAAACCAAUAAGUGUUGAUGAUAUAAAGCACUUGGUUCUGGGUGAUGGACGUUUACCUUGGUUAAGCGCAGAUAAGUUGCGACCACUUAUCGACAGCUCCAUUGAUUGCUUAGUGCGGAAGCAACCAGAUCUGAUUCGCUGUCCAACUCCUGAUUGCUUUGGAAUUUGCAAGAAUAGUGAAGCAAAAGAUGUGUUCCGAUGUGAUUCCUGCAAUAAGGAAAGGUGCCGGGGUUGUAUGAUGGAGCCACAUAAGAAAGUAUCCUGUGAAGAAUACGCUGUGCUUCGAACGGACGGGGCCGCAUCCUUGAAAGCUUACAUGAAUAAGAAGAAAGGCAAAGUGCGAGAAUGUCCUACGAAAGGUUGUGGCGCUGUGAUAGAAAAAGGUGAAGGAUGCAAUCACAUGCAAUGUACAGCGUGCAACAUCCACUUUUGUUGGUUAUGUGACUACACGAGCGAAACACAAGCGAAGGUUUACGGACAUUUGCGCGAAACUCAUGGAGCCAUUGGCGAAGAGUGGCCUGUGCUAGAGGACGAAGUCUCUGCUGUUAGACGAUGCUUGGUAGAAAUGUUGAGAAUAAUGCCAUGGCCAAAUUGUUUCAAAAUCACACUUUCCUUGGAUAUGUGA